AUGGAAGCUUUGCAGCCCUUACACCAACAACCUGGAGGAGCCCUCUCCUCACAGCAGCUGCAGGAGAGGUACCUACAGUACUGCAGCCUCAGGAGAGGUGCUGCUGGAGCUGGUACCAGUGCUUCCCCUCCUACCCGGGAGCUCCCCUCCCUUCAGCGGAUCCGAGAGUGGUACACGCGGCGCUGCAGUCUUCGGAGUGGCGCUCCUGGUGUUGCGGACCCUGGUACUGCAGGGGCUACUGGUGCUGAAGAGCCUGGCGUUGGUACUACUGCUGGUGCUGAGGACCCGGGCGUUGGAGCUGCUGCUGGUGCUGAGGACCCGGACGCUGGAGCUACUGCUGGUGCUGAGGACCCGGGCGUUGGAGCUGCUGCUGGUGCUGAGGACCCGGGCGUUGGAGCUCCUGCUGGUGCUGAGGACCCGGGCGGUGGAGCUGCUGCUGGUGCUGAGGACCCGGGCGGUGGAGCUGCUGCUGGUGCUGAGGACCCGGACGUUGGAGCUACUGCUGGUACUGAGGACCCUGACGCUGGUGUCUCUACUGGUUCUGGAGACGCUGCGCGGCCGCGACCUUACUUCGUACCGCUCCUUCAGCAGGUUCUUGGUCAGACUCCUCCUCCUUGUCCUCCUUCCUCCUUAGAGUGUCCUCCGCCUGUCCAGUCGCAGUCACAGUUACCGCCUGCCUCGCCUCUCCCUGGUCCCUCCCCUUACACUGGUCCGACAGGAGGUCUUACGGAGCGUCGUGAGCCUGAGUCUCGUCCUGCGUCGCCUGUUCGUACUGCUCGCACUGGUCGUCGUGUCCCACGUGAGCGUCCUCCUUCUGUCCCUGGCACUCACUACAUGACACUGCGUCGCUCCACUGCUCCUCAGCGUGUCCCUCUGCCGUCUCCUCCUGCGUCCUCUCUACCUACUCUUCCUGACCCGGAGUCUGACUCCCGUCGUGCUGCCAGUCCCACUGCCGCGCGUCUCCUCGCCACUGUUGUCACUGACCCUACCUUUGAGUCCUCUGCUGCGUCUGCUCUGGUCGCUGAGUUGGUUGACUUUGCUGCCCGGUGUCGUCUAGACUACGCCGCUAGCCUUGUUGCUGAGUCUGAGUCUGUCUGUCCUCCGUCCGUCGGGGGUGAGUGUGCUCUUGGCACGGACGUCCUUGAGGACAGACAGGAGGAGUUCCAGUGCUUUGCUGCUGCUUUGCCCCAUCUCGUGUCCAUGCUAGUUGCCCCUGAGGGAGACCCGGAUGCACCAGACAUCCCGACCCUGCGCUCUUACGCAGAGGCGAUGGCGGGUCCCUACUCCUCUCAGUGGCAGACAGCCAUGGACGCAGAGAUGGCUUCCUGGAAGUCCACAGGCACCUACGUCGACGAGGUUCCCCCACCUGGGGCGAACAUCGUCAGUGGCAUGUGGAUUUUCAGGGUGAAGCGGCCGCCGGGUUCUCCUCCUGUCUUCAAGGCGCGCUACGUUGCUCGAGGCUUCAGUCAGCGAGAGGGAGUAGACUUCUUUCAGACCUUCUCCCCCACCCCAAAGUAA